CUUGGGAACAUUGAUCUGAAAACAAAGGGCAUGGAGAGAGACAUUUUUUCCUACGCUCUUGAUCCUACAGAACGCUUCCAUGAUAUACUCCUGAAUCAGAGAAGGAGGCUCCAUGAGCACAUCAAGAGCCUUUGGGAGAUCUCACGCAGAAUCAACAAGCUGCACAGGUGCUCUCUGAUAGCCAACCUCACAGGAAGUUCUUUAAGUGCAGCGGGGGCCAUCACGGCCAUUGUGGGACUGUCAUUGAGCCCUCUCACAUUAGGAGCAUCUCUUUUGGCUUCUGGUGUGGGGCUGGGAGUGGCUGCUGCAGGCGGAGCAGUCACGGUGUCUUCCGAUCUCUCUCUAGUGCUGUCCAAUUCCCAUGAGGUGAGAAGAGUGAAGGAGAUUGCAGUGACUUGUCACAGCCAGAUGAGGGAAAUCAUGAACUGCCUGGAGUUCCUACACCGCAGCCAGAGCCCAAGGGACCCUAUCUUACAGGAGGCUGAGAAAAAUGCUUCCGUCUCAUUGUACAAUUCCAUCUGCUUUAUGGUCUUCUGUGGCUCUCAAGGCUUCCUGGUCCCAGAACACACAAAAGAGGUGACAAAAGUGAGCCAUGCUGUUCUCAAGGCCAAAGUUCAGAAGCUGGCAGAAAACCUGGAAGCCUGUGUAAGACCCAUGGAUGAAAUCUGUGAACUUUUAGAGAACAGGGAAGAAUUCUUCUGGAAGAAAAAAACUUCAGCACUCUGGGAUGUCAGGAGUCCGCGUCACCUUUAAGCAGCAAACGCUUCUCCUGAAAAAAGGAAUACAAUGACUGGUGCUAAAACAACUUACUGUGGGGUGUUAUUUUCUGUUCUUAAUGUCAGGCUUGUGUUGAGUCAGUUAUUUUUCCAUAUCCUAAUCCCCACAGCCCACAUGACAGUGGAGCUCUGCUGCUGCAUACGGCAAAUGGGAAGAGGAGCUGGGCCAGUCUAAACUGUCACCUCAUUCUGGGGUUUGGUGCUUAUACUGCGCUGCCCAGCAGCAUGUCAGAUCUACUGUGUUUGUGUGUAUGCGUGUGUGUGUGUGUGUGUGUAUGUUGUCCUGGAAAUGUCUGGUUUGAUGCCCCAUCCCAGAAGUGGAAGCGUGGGUUGCUUCUGUUUACACACGUACUCUUUAAGGUCUUUUAAAGUGACAGUGGAAUGCUGUUUUAUUUUACAUACUUAUAAAGUUUUGCAGGAGUAUAUGGGAACAAUUUCCAAAGCUCCAAUUUGAAAUGUCCAGUAUAUAUUUGACUCUGACAGCACUGAGAUAGAUAAAGAGAAGGGUCAUGAUGGAACUGUAGUCAGCCUAGGAAGGAAAGGGCUGCAGAUCCCAGAGCCUGUACUCUGCCAAGUUAAAGAAGGCUAAUAAUCAGGGGUUAAAGGUCAGGCAGCCUGAACGUACCUGAAUCCUACUGAUGCUCUCAGAUUUGCAGCAGAUGGGAAUUAGCCUGUCUUGAAUAUGCAACACUAAACCAUUCUUGCUCUGUGACAAAUCAACUAUUUCUGUUACCUGCUGUUGGUGUGCCCUUCUCACACCACAUGCUCAGGAGCUUGUACUUUGAGAGAUGUAGAUAAUGACUAUUUUAAAUGUUCUGGGAGUUUAUAUUUCAUGAAAUAAUAAUACUAUUGCCACAAUGUGGGAGCAGUUGCUUCACAUGGCCAGACUGCAUUGAGCUUGUUGUGGCAGAGUAUCUUUUUGAAGUUGUUUUGCGAGCAUUCUACUUGUCAGAAUUUUCAGCUAAAAUAGCUAGGGAGGAAGGGAGAACAGAGAGGCCAGCAAAAACCUAGAAUUCACCCAAGGGUGAGAAUGGCUCUAUCUGCCCCCUUUAUUUUUCAGAUUUGGGAUUACUCCCAACAACUCAAUCACUUCUGCAUAUAUAUGCCAAUACCUCGCUGGAAAGAGUAAUAAUAAUACUAAUUUUACUUAAACUUUUGCUUGGGGACUUUUUGCAGAACGGAGUGCUUUGGUAAAAAUUGUUCCAGGCCUUUCGGUAUAUUUGUAAAAAGAACUCAUUUCUCCAAAAACCUUAUUGAUAAAUAAUUCUGUGAAGGAUUUCUUUGGGAUGCAACAGCACACCAGGCCAAUGCACACUCUAAAACAGCUUUAGCAAAAGUCUUCAGAGCUCCGGCCCAGACUAGGCUACUUCAGCUCUGGCACACUCAUUUUCUCGGGUCCCAUCUAUGAAUGUGUGUGUGGUUUAUAGGAAUGCUUUGUAUGCUGGGAAGAAAAGAUAGUUGAGAGAGGUAGAUGAUGGUCAGGGAUUUGGUCAUUUGGAAUUCUUAUAUUCUGUGUUUCUGGAAUACAUGAGAAACAUUUUCUUGCUCUUAUGAAGGUUCACAGAAGAGAAGAUCCAGAUCUCACAAGGCAACUAACAAGCAGUUAGGAUUGGUUUGUACUUUCUCAGUGUUAAUUUCCUAUGUGUGCUAGUCUCAAACAUACACACGAACAUGUGUGAAAGAGUAAAUUCUGGUAACAUUUAUAAAAAUAACAAGUCACCAAAAAGCAGACCUGACACUGUUUCUCUGUAUAAGCUAUUAAAAUUAACUUCUGCAGAUAUAAUGGGGAUAGCAAUGAAACAGAGGGAAGAAAAAGAGCAAAAUGUGAGUCUUUGGUAUGUUACAGAUAAAUGCAAAUCCAUCCUUACUGAGCACUGAGAAGGAGAAGCUGAUCCUAAUGCGUAACGGUACUAAUGUUACACGAGAAGCAGUUUCAAAAUGUGUAAGUCUAGUUCUCAAUGAAGUGGUAAACCUGUGUUUGGGCUGUACCAUUUCAGACUGCAGGAGACUCACAUGAUUCAGUGCACCUCCCUACAAUAACAUUCCCAUUGCACAGAAAACAAGAAGUCAAGGAGAAGUUUUCUAGCCUAGCCUUGUCCCUGACAUGUUAGUUUCUCAUGUACUUGCAAAAUUCUCAGCAUGAAGGCGCAUUUGAUCAUCUGAUCUCCUAUUGCAGUCUCUGAAGUGGUUCAGUGAGGCCAUACAUUGCUAGCGAUCACGCUAAACUCCAAAGGCUACUGAAUGUAUGUCCUCAGGUAUGUCAUGUGAACUUUAGAAUCUUAGAAGUGCAAAGUAGCAACAAGGCAACAGAUUUAAGGGUAUUGGGGCUUGCAGAAUGUGGGUGAGGGGCAGGGUUGCCAAUUUUAGGUUGGGAGAUUCUUGGAGAUUUGGAGGUGGAGUCUGGGAAGGGUGAGGUUGGGAAGGGGAGGAGCUCAGCAGGGAUGUAAAGCCAUAGAGUCUGCCUUCCAAAGCAUCCAUUUCUUCCAGAGGAACUGAUAUCUGUAGCCCAGAAAUAGUUGUAAUUCCAGGAGAACUCCAGGCCCCACCUGGAGGCUGGCGAUUCAAGUGUGGAAUGAGCUGUUGAUGAACUGCACAGCAGUUUCUUCUCUUUCCAGUAUUUCUGCUUUGCUUACACAAUUAUCUCCAGGAGGUUUCAAGUAUGAAUACAACAAAAAACAAUUUCCAAAGAUGACUAUGAUGCAAUUAAAAGUACAGAUUAAAUGAGUGAAAAUGAACUAACUUUGUGUCAGCAUUUCUAUCAACAAA